GGAAAGAAAAAUUAUAAGAAAAAGAAAGCGCCAAAGAACAGCGAGUAUUUGGAAGCGUCUAGUACCAGAGCGUGAUAGCUCCUGUGGAGAUGGAGGAGCUGAAGAGCGCUCUGCGCGAUCAUAGUUUAACUGUGUCUAAUCUUGCAGAUAAAGGCCGAUGCCUCUUCACCACUAGAGAUUUUCAUCCAGGAGAAAUCAUUAUUAGCCAGGAGCCUUAUGUCUGUGUACCAAAUAAUACCCCGGCUGAGUCAAGAUGCGAUGGGUGUUUCACAUCAGGUAACCUUAAGAAGUGCUCAGCUUGUCAAGUUGCAUGGUACUGUGGAAGCACAUGCCAGAAGUCAGAAUGGAAGUUACAUCGACUUGAAUGCACUACUUUCUCUAAGCUUGACAAGAGCAGGCGCAAAUCUGUGACAUCUUCCAUACGUCUGAUGGUGAAACUCUAUCUUCGUAGAAAAUUGCAAAGUGAGAAGGUUAUCCCUUCUACUGCCACAGACAACUACGAUUUGGUGAAGGAAUUGGUGGCUCAUAUGUCAAACAUUGACGAGAAGCAACUGGUGCUAUAUGCACAGAUGGCCAACCUUGUCAACUUAAUUCUUCAGUGUCCUGAAAUCAAUAUAAAAGAGAUUGCAGAAAUUUUUUCAAAGUUUGCGUGCAAUGCACACACAAUUUGUGAUAGUGAACUGAGACCGCUAGGGACAGGACUUUACCCUGUUAUCUCCAUAAUCAAUCACAGCUGUUUGCCCAAUUCUGUUUUGGUCUUUGAGGGGAAGUCUGCUGUGGUACGUGCUGUACAACAUAUACCAAAAGGCACUGAGGUAUUUAUAAGCUAUAUAGAAACAGCUGGAAGCACCAUGACUCGGCAAACGUCUCUCAAAGAGCAAUACCUUUUCACUUGUAGAUGCCCUCGUUGUUCCAAAACGGGUCAGUAUGAUGAUGUCAGGGAAAGUGCAAUUUUGGAAGGUUACCGAUGCAAGGAUCAUAAGUGCGAUGGUUUCUUACUUCGUGAUUCUGAUGAUAAAGGAUUUGUAUGCCAGCACUGUGGCCUUGCUAGAAACAAGGAAGAGAUAAAGAAUUUGGCUAUGAAAAUAAAAGAAGUUUCAGAAAAGGCUGUUACCUCUACGUCCUCUGGCAAUCAUCGGGAAGCCAUGUCUAUGUAUAAGAGAAUAGAGAAAUUGCAGAGUCAAUUGUGCCAUCCGUUUUCAAUAAGUUUGCUGCGAACCCGGGAAAAAGUUAUAGAGAUAUCGAUGAAGCUGGAGGAAUGGGGAGAAGCUCUUUCAUAUUGUAGAUUCACCAUUCCGAUGUAUGAAAGAUUGUAUACAGGAUUCCACCCAUUGCUGGGAUUACAAUACUAUACAUGUGGAAAACUUGAAUGGUUACAUGGAGAAACAGAGAAUGCUAUCAUAUCUCUGACCAAGGCAGUGGAUAUAUUGCGAAAGACCCAUGGGACGAAUACGCCUUUCAUGAAAGAGCUCUUUGUGAAGUUGGAGGAAGCUCGUGCUGAAGCCUCUUACAAACUUUCAUCUACUGAUAAAGAUGAGUGAGUGACAAUGUCUUUUCAGGAAUUUGAAAUAUACAGUAAAUGAUAUUGCCUCACAGGUCUUUGAAAACAGCUUUGCUGUUUUACCUCUUUGCAAAAGUAGAAUAAACAAUCUAUAUGGCUGUGAAUAAUCCGGUUGAGUUCUCAUAGUGGUUACAGCUGCCAUGUUUGAUUGGCUUGAGUCGGAGAUGUCUGCAUUACUUUUCCUUACAAAUUUGAUCUCCACCUUUAUGUGUUCUACGUACCACCCCCGCCCCCGUCCCCUUCCGUUGUACUUUUUGGCUUGCGCAGAGAUUUGAUACUUCCAUAAGCUGAAUUGCUUUAUUUGAGCUCGAACACAAAGGGACAGUUUUCAUCA